AUGGCCAGUACAACUCUUCUCUGCUUCUACCAGCUCGCGGCGCGGAUCCUCAUGGACAGCCUGGCCCACGACUACAUCAAUGGUGUGAACUUAAACGACCCGAUGGCCGUCCUUGGCUUCGUGACAGGCGGAUCUUGGGCGUUUUUUUGUCUUGAAGAGCAGCAGCAGCAGUUGCUGCUGGCGGCGCAGGGCAGCCUCGGCCCAGUCUUCCGGGUCUCAGGGUUGUGCUUGUUGUCGAUUCGGCAGAUGUUGUUAGCAUGCCUGAUUGGGCUGCGGGUCUAUCACAGCGGUGUGCUGCUGGCGGGCUACGGGGCGCCUCGCUGGCUCUCCACCUUAGCCCGCUUCUCACGCAUUUCCUACCGGUUCCUGAUGUGCGUGGCCCACUUCCUUCGGGCGCGUGCGUACUUGGAGCACCCUCUGAACGAACGCCUCAGCGCACAGAUGAGGAGCAACAUGGCCACCUUGAGCCAGAUGAUGGCCGUGGCUAUCUUUUUGGGCACCUCCACCGACUUCCUCGUCGUGGCGCGGGGGGUGGUGCUGCCAGACGUCUUCUCGCAGGAUUUCACUGAUGCCGAGAUGGACACCUUAAACGACCUCUUCACUCAGUGGCUGCCCGUCACGCUGAUCAUCACCGGUACCAUCGACAAGCGUGCUCCCCAGCAAACCAUGAACGACCUCCGGGCCUGUGGCUUCAACAACGGCCUUGUGCUCUUCUUCCUUUACCUGGGCACCUUUCUCUUUGGGGCGGGGAGCGUGGAGCAGUACACCACCGUCCUCUGGGGGGGGAACACGUAUGCCUGGCUUUGGCCAUGGGGAACUGGCGUUCUGAUCCUUCUCCUGGGCCUCAUCCUCUACAUUUCGUUUUGGGCCAUGAAAAGGAUCCUAUGCCUCUGGAUGAUUGACCGGACCGUCAAGCGAUCCCGGGCCAGCCAAAUCAGCUGCUGCGGCCAGCGGAUCGUGAAGAUGCUGAAUGCUCAAGGUCAGUUCAAUGGAGCGAUCCUUGUGUUGCGCUCAGAGGACACCUUCGUCGAAGCCGAGCCGGGUGCGGUGCUGCUGCAGGUGGUGGGCGUGAAUGGCCGUCAUCCGCUGACGCAGAUCGCGUAUCCAUCACCCAGCCGGCGCAACCGCUGGCAGGUGGAGUACCACAUCCGACUACAGCCGAAUGCCGAGAAGCAGAACUGGGCCCACCGCCUGUACGACCACGCCCGCGCACGGGAGGGCACAGAGGAGCCGAUUCACCUCGAGGUGGCUGGACCCAUGAACACCUUGGGCACAUUUGGUCAGGAGGAACUCCUUAAGGACGUCCAUCGCCUACUCUUUGUGGCCAUUGGUGUAGGCUUCACCGGCUGUGUGCAUCCCAUGUUCCACGCCCAUGAGAGGCUCUGUAUCCGGACCCCCUCCCCGGAGUAUGCGGACGCCGUGGAGCCUGAGCCGGUGUGCUUGGCCUACGGCCUGCGCCGGGGGGAUCAACUGCGGAUCUCCAUCAGCGAGGACUCGUCGCAAGCGAAGCCGGAAGAGCGGCAGAGUCGGUCCCAGUGGGGGAAGAUGCUCACUGGUGAGGUGGAAGCCUUGUCCAAGGGCGGGGGUGGGCUGGUGCUCCUCUUCUGUUGUGGGCCAUCGCCCGCAGUGCAAGGCGUUCAGAAGUUGAGACGCGGCUUCAACUGGCCGGUUUUCUAG